AUGGGGAAAGAGUUGGAGAUGGAUCUCACUGGCAAAUCUUCAGAAGGUUUGAGUCCUAAUACUGUUCUUCCACCUCAGCAAUAUAGUGUGAAUGUUAAGAAGAGGUCUAAAAAAGGGAAAUCCUCAGGGAAAAAUGAAAUUUUUACCAUGAAGGAAGACUUUGCAGAGAUUAAAUUUGCCCGUUUCCGAAGUUCUUCAUGUAAGAGUCGCCUCUCUAGAAUACCUCAUGGAUUGGAAGGUGAUAAUGUAGAAGAAACAAGGAGGGUCUCCAUGUAUCAGAGUUCCGAGGAAGUAAGAGACAUAAAGAAGAUGGGGGGAAGAAAAAAGUUAGAAUUUUCGAGGAGUGACAUCUCUUUCUCAAGUAGCAUUGUUGAUUCUUUAUGUGGUUCAGAUGAUGAUGGUUCCAAUCACAGACCUUCAGAUAUAUCUCAGUAUUCAAAUUUCGGUUCCAGAUCCUCAGCUUGCCAGGAGCCGGACAAUUCAAAUGAUUUUAUCGAGAUUUGCAUGGAUUCAAAUUUUAAGAAUAAAAACUCUAAUGCAGUAGAAGGUAGAGGUUCUGUAAAUUUAAAGUCUAGAAGUGAUAAAGUUGCUGAUUCUAUAAUGAAUGGUAAUUUUUUUCUUGAAAAGGACAGAGUUCACUCAUUGCAGAAGUCACUCUCUGCUAAAGAGGAAGCCUCUAAUUUGAUAUCUCCUUUGGAAAAUGAUUACUUAUCAAAAGUGCGAUUCAAUUCCGUCAAGAAAAGGAUGAAUAAUUUCAAAAAGUCGAAGUCUUUGAGAAGUCCACUUAGUCAUAUCGCGGAAACUAAUGAUGAGGUAAAAUCAAAUGAGACAUCAGAGACUAUAAGCAACAGGACUCAUCAGAAAUAUUUGCUGAAUGACUUAUCGAACACAGGAAAGCAUUCUGAUAUUAUUUCUGAGUUUAUCAACAGAGAAAUCAAGUAUUCGGGAAUAGCAUCUUCGCCGGUUCAUCUGCAUGGUAAUCUCAAGUUGGAAAGCAAACACGGAAUGCCUUUCUUUGAGUUCAAGGUGAAGUGUCCUGAAGAUGUUUUUGUGGCCAAGACAUGGAGAAUAGGUAAUGGUUUCAACUUUGUAUACACCUUUCACUCCACUGAUUAUAAUAGAAAGAAGAGCAAUGCCGCCGAGUUGGAAUCUCAUGAUUUUGACAAAGAUUCCUCAAUAGUAGCAAAGAUGCUAGUUUCCAGUAAUUUAGGUUCAGAAAUAAAAGACAAAGUAUCUGACAACUCUAUGGUGACGGAAUUUGUGUUGUAUGAUCUCUCACACUCAAGACAUAGUGUUUCGGCCGAAAAAAAGUCUUUAUGUGAACAAAAUGCGAUUAAAACUCGAAAAGCUUCCCGAGUUGGACCGAAAGAAGAAACUUUUGGGGUGGUUUUUGAAGAGAACAUAGCAAUCAGAAACAAACUUCAAGACAAGCCCCUAUCAGGCAAAGUUGAAUCUGCCGAUUCAAAUUAUUUUCCCUUGUUGCCUACUGAAUCCUAUUCGAACCUCGAAGUUGCUGCGAUUGUCUUGGAAAUUCCAUUUUCUAAGAGAGAAAGUUUGAAGUACAAGAGAGAUGAUAGAUUAUGCGAUAAAGAAUAUUCCAACAUAAGCAAUCUCUGUGCAGUAGUUGAUCAGAGUAGAAAGAGCCUUCAUGACAGAAAAUUCCAGGAACAGUUGAAGGUGGUAAUACCAACAGGUUACCAUGGUUUGCCAAACCCUGAAUGCCGGGGUCCCUCAUCAUUACUUGAUCGGUUGAGACAUGGAGGUGGUUGUGACUGUGGUGGUUGGGACAUGGCUUGUCCCCUUGUAAUUUUAGGCAAUCCUAGUCUUCAAUUUGCUGAAGAUCACUCACUUAUAGAGGAUUAUCAACCGCUGGAACUUUUUGUUCAGGGAGCAAAAGAAAGUAGUCCUACUUUCAGUAUGAGAAUGGUUGAAGUGGGGAAUUAUGCUAUUGAUUUUCAUGCACAGUUAUCCACAUUACAAGCAUUCUCCAUCUGUGUUGCCAUUUUGCAUGGAGCUUCUCCAUUCAGCAGUGCAAGGAACGAGAAAAACCAGCAGCUAACUCAAUGCAGUUCGUUGAAAAUGCUUCUUGAGGAGGAUGUAGAGUGUUUUUUCAAAUCGAUCACGACCGAGAAGAAGACUGUGUGCAAGACUCCAAAAGGAGUUCCUAGAUCCUAUGUGGUGAACCCGACUUUUUCUCCUGUUGCGCGCGUGUAA